UGCUGCGUUUCUUCCUUCUGCCUCUUUCUAACUUCAAACCCUAGAAGAACAUUGCUGUGUAACCGUAAGUCCGUAACAAUGCUUCCAUCGCCGCCUUCACCCCCAAAUUGAAACAAUCCACUACCGUGUCUCCCUCACCGAUUCGUCCUUUUCAUCCAAGGAACAAUGAGCUACAUACUUGUUUCAAACUCACUUCAUUGAACAAUAAGUCUUCAUCCUCAACGAUAAGUUUUAAUCGCUGUUUUCAAACAGGAGAAAGGUUUUGUCUGGGUUCGGGUAUUGUGUUGGAGCUACUAUUAAGUGUUGCUGAUAUUUCUCUUAAGAGACUUGAAGAAAUUAUGGCUGAGAGUCCAGCUAUGGAGCAAGACACUCUAACAGCAACAACACCCAUUGAGCCAACCGCAGAUCUUCCUCCUAUUAGCCGGAAGAAAAGAAGAGCUAAUGCAAAUGCUAUUAGAAAGAGGUCUGAGGUAUGGGACCACUUUAACCUUAUUCCUAAUAGUGAUCCCGCUACUGCGGCAUGUAAGUAUUGUCAUCAGAAGUACAUGUGUGACUCUAAGAAACAUGGAACGUCUAACUUAAAGAGUCAUAUGAAAACUUGUCCUAAGUAUCCGUUGAACUUGUCAACCGACACUACUCAAACUGUAUUGACAUAUUCAACAACUCAGGGAGGUGUUUUGGUUUCAACAUCUUCUAGGUUCGAUCCUUUAGGUUGUAGAAAGGGGUUAGCUUACUUUAUCAUUUUAGAUGAGAAGCCAUUUAUUACAGUUGAAGGAGAGGGAUUCAAGUACUUUUGUAACCAAAUGCAACCCCAAUUUACUAUACCAUCAAGGAGAACCAUAGCUAGGGAUUGUUUUCAAAUAUAUCUUGAUGAGAAAGUGAGGUUGAGAGCGUUAUUUAAUUCUGAUUGUAGUAGGGUGGCAAUUACAACAGAUUGUUGGACUUCUGUCCAAAAUCUUAACUAUUUAACCCUCACUGCCCAUUUUAUAGAUAAGGAUUGGAAAUAUCAAAAAAGGAUAAUUAGCUUUACGGUUAUCCCAAAUCACCGAGGCAAAACAGUUGGUAAGAAGGUUGAAGAUGUGUUGAAGGAGUGGGGGCUGAGAAAUGUUUCAACUAUCACAGUAGAUAAUGCGGCAUCAAAUGAUGUUGCUGUUAAGUAUUUAGAGCAGAAAAUAAGAAACAUGAAUGGACUUUUGUUGGAUGGAUUUGGGUUUCACAUGAGGUGCUGUGCUCAUAUAUUGAAUUUGGUCGUGAGAGAUGGAUUAAAAGUAGCUAGCAGCUCAAUUUCAAGUGUUAGAAAUGCAAUUAGGUAUGUAAGAUCUUCACCCCAUAGAGCUUUAAAGUUCAAUGAAUGUGUGGGUUAUGCCGGGAUUAAAUGCAAGAAGUCGGUAUGUCUUGAUGUUUCAACUCGUUGGAACUCGACAUAUUUGAUGCUAGAUGCGGCUGAGAAAUUUGAAACUGCUUUUGAUAAGCUAGAAGAUGGGGAUGAAGACUAUAGGGAUUUCUUUGAAGGUGAUUCCCCCCCUAGUAGUGAAGAUUGGGAUAAUGUUAGGUUCUUUGUUAAGUUCUUGAAGAAUUAUUAUGAAGCGACAAAUGUUUUUUCUGUUUCCACCAAAGCGAGCUUGCAUACAGCCUUUCCUUUCUUGGCUGAUAUUUACGUUGAGCUUAAGCGAUUAAACAUGGAUCUUAAUGGGCUGUUUGCUAAUGUAGCUAGGGACAUGUUGGAUAAGUUUAAGAAAUACUGGAUUGAUAUCACUAAGAUGAACCAACUCCUCUAUUUGGGUGUUAUUUUUGAUCCCCGGUAUAAGUUAAGAUAUGUGGACUGGUGCUUUAAUGAUAUGUAUGGACAUUCUUCAGAAACUAAGAAAUCCUUAUUAGAAGAGAUUAAUAACAAUCUCUCAAGAAUUUUCAUGGUUUACAAACAAGCCUAUGACAAUGCUGAAGGAUCUGUCCCGUCUAUGACAGCCACUGUUUCUCAUGAUGAAACUGCUGCCAACAUCGAAGUAUCGGCACAUAUGGCUAGACAAAAUGCAUUUCAGCAACAUUUGCAGUCUAUGGAUUCGGUUGAAGAAGAAACUGAGCUUCAGAGCUAUCUAAAAGAUAAAUGUAUUAGUUUUAGUGAAAAGGAUAAAGAUAAGUUUGACAUUCUAUGUUGGUGGAAACAUAAUGUUAGCAAAUAUCCAGUUCUGUCCCAAAUUGUUAGAGAUAUAAUGCCUACACCAGUUUCAACAGUGGCUUCUGAGAGUGCUUUUAGCACGGGUGGGAGGGUUUUAGAGGUAUAUAGAAGCUCUCUCAAACCUGAAAUGGCAGAGGCUCUUAUUUGUGCUCAGAACUGGUUGAGGCCUUCCUUACAUCAAUUCAAAGAUUUGGAGUUUAAUGAAGACUAUGAGAUUUCUGAAGAUGCUUUAGACGGAUUUAAUGAAAUUUCAAUUGGGAGUGGAGCCCCGUCAUCCUCUUCGACUCAGUCACAGCCUUCUGGCGGUGCCUGAAGCAAAACAAGCAGCCACUUGCUGAAUUUUUUGGAGUCAUAAAUGACUCAUAAUUUUGAAGCGAUGCAUACAACAACCAACCCAUUUUGAAAGAAUUUUGAAGCAAUGCACAUCACUUUUGAAGAAGACAUGUCCGGCAGCUGUGGAGGAACAACUAGACACAACAUCAAAUAUAUAUUGUUAAUGCUGGUACUGGCUUUAGGAAUAUGCAUUGGCCUGCUGCGCAGAAAUUUCUUGAUCCCAAAACUACUACAAAAAUACAGGCAAGUUUCUAUAGAGGAAGGAGAUACCAAGUCCAAAGAGUUUGGAAUCAUGUUGAUAGAAACUAGUGCAAAAGCAGGCUUCAAUAUCAAGGGGUCAUGGAUGGUUUCUUACAUUCAUUUUCCUCUUUCUCAAAUCAUUAAUGUCAAUUUCAAUUCUCAAAUCAUUAUCAUGAAGGAAUUGAAGAAAAGGGGAGAAAAAGAUCAUGCAGCUCAUGAAAGAUAGCUAUCUUGUUUUAUAUUAAUUGUGCUUGGUUGGUUGUGUUUGUGUUAGUGCUAUUAAAUUUAAAUUUGUUGUAUUAAAUUUGAGCAAACAUAUAUAUGCUCAAAAAACUUGGAUUUUAUAUGGUUUUC